CCUACUACUUUAGAAGUCAUCAAUGAAUCUCAUUUACACUCACAUCAUUCAGCCAUGCGAGCAAUAGGUGGUGGAUCAGGUGAAACUCAUUUUUCAGUUAAAGUGAUUUCGUCUGAUUUUCAUGGAUUAAAUCGAUUAUCACGACAUCGAAAGAUUUAUAAAGCUCUUUCAUACGAAUUCGAAGAACGUGGAUUACAUGCAUUGUCUUUACAAACUUAUACUCCUGAGGAAGUUUCCACUCCUAAAGAGUCAUGA